AUGCGGUGGAGGCCGCGCAAGCUGGGGCUCUGGGCCGCCCUCCUCGCCGCGGUGGCCCUGCUGGCCGUCGGCGGCGGGGGCGGGGUGGCGGCCGCGGCGGGGGCGGAGGAGGCCUACGUGACGCUGCUCUACGGGGACGAGUUCGUCCUGGGCGUGCGCGUCCUCGGGAAGUCCAUCCGCGAUAUGGGCACCCGCCGGGACCUUGUCGUGCUCGUCUCCGACGGCGUCUCUGACUACUCUCGGAAGCUCCUCGAGGCUGACGGUUUUAUAGUGAAGCAUAUAACGUUGCUGGCUAAUCCUAAUCAAGUGAGGCCAACAAGGUUUUGGGGUGUGUAUACCAAAUUGAAAAUAUUCAACAUGACUACCUACAGAAAAGUUGUUUAUCUCGACGCAGACACCGUUGUGGUGAAAAGUAUCGAGGAUCUUUUCAACUGUGGAAAGUUCUGUGCAAACUUGAAACAUUCUGAGAGAAUGAAUUCUGGAGUAAUGGUUGUUGAGCCAUCUGAAACUCUUUUCAAGGAUAUGAUGAACAAAGUUGACAGCUUACCUUCUUACACGGGAGGAGAUCAAGGUUUUCUCAAUUCGUAUUAUGCUGAGUUCGCCAAUUCCCGUGUUUAUGAUCCCAAUAAACCUUUAACACCUGAACCUGAGACGCAACGCCUCUCCACAUUGUACGAUGCUGAUGUCGGCCUUUACUUGCUUGCGAAUAAGUGGAUGGUCGAUGAGAAAGAACUUAGGGUUAUUCACUACACACUUGGACCUCUUAAGCCGUGGGACUGGUGGACAGCUUGGCUUGUUAAACCUGUAGCUGUAUGGCAGGAUGUUAGGCAAAAUCUUGAAGAAUCUCUUCCUGGAACUGGUGGAGGGAAAAACCCGCGUGACCAGUUGGUGGUCAAAAUUCUCUUCAUUCUUCCCUUUUGCAUGCUGUUAUGUGGUUAUUAUGGAUCAUGCUUUCAGACUAAUAAGGAGCUGUUGAGUAUGAGAACUCUAUGUGCUUUUGCUAGACAAGCUCGUUACAAAUACAAAUCUGAAGAGGAACUUCCGUCUUAUUCAACAGUUGGAGUGGCUUCAUCUUCCUUUGGUAUAUCAAAUCAAAAGUUAUCUACUGGAGCACAUCUGAAGUUGCCUUCUUAUUUUGGUGCAAUCGCUGUGGUAGUCUGUUUCAUUUGUGCAUUGAUAUCUCUUGCAUUUGCCUUCCUUGUUAUUCCACGGCAAGUGAUGCCAUGGACGGGUUUGCUGCUGAUGUUCGAGUGGACCUUUGUGACAUUCUUUUUGUUGUUCGGGCGCUACCUUCGUUUUGUAUACAAAUGGGGAAGUUUUAGUGCAAAUCAAGCUGGGUAUGGCAGUUUGGAUUUAUCGGAGAAUCAUACUGGCACAGGCCAUCAGCGGAAUACGUCUGAUUGUGACACAGCUUCAGCUUUCUAUUGGAUGGGGAUGGCUACCAUCUCUACGAUAGCACCAUUAUCACCAACCGUCCUUGGCAUAACUGCCAUUUUUGCAAAACUUGGGUUGAUGGUAGCGGGUGGUGUGGUGCUGGCGUCAUUUAUGACUUCGGAGCAUCUGGCUAUGUCCGCCUUUGUCAAGGGUCAAAGAGGUAGAUCGAAAAUCCCCGAGAGGUAG